AUGGCAGCGGAAGACGAGCGCAAGCGCGAAUGCCCCGCGACGGAGAAUGAUGCGGCAUCGUCUGACGAUGAUUUGGGUCCGAUGCCAAUGCCGGCCUCGUCAGACGAGGCGGAGCGAAUCAAGCGGCGCAAAACACUGCAGCAUGAGAAGCUGUACCUGGAUCACCUGCCCUGUGCGGAGCGCUACUACAAGUCGCUGAUGCACCGCGAUACCAUUAACUUUGUGAAUGUGACGCCUCAUACAGAUUUUGUCAUCACAACGUCCGUCGAUGGCCAUGUCAAGUUUUGGAAAAAGCAGGAUACAGGUAUUGAGUUCGUCAAGCAUUACAACGCUCACCUCGCCAUGAUUGUAGGUGCAGCCGUCAGUGCCGACGGUGCCUACUUUGCAAGCAUCGCAGCAGAUGGAUCUGUCAAGGUAUUUGAUGUGGUCAACUUUGACCUGAUUCACAUGCUCCAGCUCCCGUAUACCCCGCGCGCAUGCGCCUGGGUCCACCGCCGAGGAAGCGUGGACGCCGUUCUUGCCGUCGCCGAAGAGCACAGUACCUCAAUCCACUUCUAUGAUGCACGAGAGGGUACAGAGCCCCUGUACUCUGCAUUGCGUGUGCACAAGAAGCCGUGCCACCUGCUUGCCUACAACGACAGGUACGAUUGUAUCGUCUCGGUAGACACAGGGGGUAUGAUCGAGUACUGGCAGCCACGCGAGCCUUUUGCGCUGCCGGAUGGUGUGUUCGAGCUCAAAUCAACGACAGACUUGUUCGAAUUUAAGAAGACCAAGUGCAUUCCAACGUCGCUUACUUUCUCCCCGGACUUUGAGCAGUUUGUUACCUUGUCCGCCAGUGACCGCCAGGUACACGUAUUCCAUAUGCAACGGGGCAAGCUGCUACGCAAGUACGACGAGUCGCUUACGGCGGCCCAGGAGAUGCAGCAGGCUGGUUCCACGUCGUCACAGCUGGACGAUAUCGAGUUUGGCCGCCGACUCGCUGUAGAGCGCGAACUCGACGCCACGGUGCUCCCCGGUCCUACGGAAGCCGUGCCAAACGCGACAGGCUUGGCCACUGCAAAUGCUGUGUUUGAUGACAGUGGCCACUUUGUGCUAUAUGCGACAAUGUUGGGUCUGAAAGUGGUCAAUAUCAAAACCAACAAGCUCAGUCGCUUGCUGGGCCGCGAUGAAAUCAUGCGUUUUUUAAAUGUGUCUCUCUACCAGGGUACGCCGACAAAGAAAACCGCAACUAGUGUGGCUUUCGCUGCCUCUAAUAAUCCGCUCGUUGCUGCGGAGGCGCAAGACCCGAUACUGUUUUCUACUGCAUACAAGCGCUCUCGCUUUUUCAUGUUCUCGCGCAAAGAGCCCGAUACGGAUCCCAAUUCCAAGCUCGCUGGUCAGGACCGUGACGUGUUCAAUGAAAAGCCUACACGUGAGGAACAGGCUGUGGCCAGUGAAAUUCCUGAGGCAAAGAAGAAGAAUAUUAUUACUUCGGCCAUCUUGCAUACAACCGCCGGCGAUAUCCACCUGCGCCUGUACCCUGACCUGGUGCCCAAGACGGUGGAAAACUUUGUCGGGCUCGCUAAGAAGGGAUACUACAAUGGAGUUAUUUUCCACCGUGUGAUCAAGAAAUUCAUGAUCCAGACUGGUGACCCUUUGGGUGAUGGUACCGGUGGUGAGAGUCUGUGGGGUGGUGAGUUUGAGGACGAAAUUGUAAAGGAACUGCGCCAUGACCGACCCUAUACCUUGAGUAUGGCCAAUGCUGGCAAGAACACAAACGGCAGUCAGUUCUUUAUUACAACGGUGGCAACACCGUGGCUGGAUGAUAAGCAUACAGUGUUUGGACGUGCGACGAGCGGCUUGGAUGUGAUUCACAAGAUCGAAAAUGCACAUAUUGACAAACGAGAUAAACCGAAAGAGGACAUUCAGAUCUUUAGUAUUUCUCUACAUUAA